CCUGACGAAGCCUUCUUUCAUAAAAAUAAAAAAUGGAAAACUUGUCAAAGUUGUAUAGAGCAAAGAGCUCUUAAAAAACAAAAAACAAAGAGAAAACGCGAUGACGAAGUUGUCGAAGAAGAAGAGCCCACGCGUGUUUCCCUUAGAACCGUUGGUCUAAUGGAGUUGUCUAACCUCGUCGCUUCUGAAAUGCGUGCUAUUCUUCAUAACCCUCAACCUAUCGGUCCUGACGGUACCCCUCAAUGUGCCUUAAACCUACGCGUGGCUUUAAACCUUACAAGUAUGAUAAAUGGUAGCGAACAUCCUAAGGAAGUCGCUAGAUGGAUCGUGGAAGAAAUAGAGAGAGCUGAUGAAUAUAAUUGGACGUAUGUAUUAUAA